AUGCACAAAGGCAUGUCGCAUGAAGCAGAGGAUGUUGAUGGAUUUUGCAUUAUGCCUGAAGGUGAAUUACACAAAGUAAAGGGUUUUGAUGGAUUUAGCAUUAUGCCCAAAGGAAGUUCACAUGAAGUGAAAUAUUUCGAUGGAUUUUGCAUUAUGCCUAAAGUCAACUCGCAUAAAGUGAAAGAUUUUAAUGGAUUUUGCAAUAUACCCAAAGCCUCUCCUUCUUCUUCUUCUUUUUCUUCUUCUUCUUCUUCUUUAACCUCUCGUCACGUACUUUUCUCUCAUUUUAUAAACCCUUAUUCAUUACCCAGUAAAACCUCAAGUUCUCUGUACAGAAAACGCCGUUACCGGGCCUCUCUUGUUCGGAGCUCUGCUGCUGACCCGGCAGAAGUGAGCCAGUCGAUAAGUUCGUCUGUCUUUGGGGGAAAGAAGGAGCUCUCUGGCGUGCAAUUACUUGUGGAUGGCUUGUCGCCCUCGGUUAGGCUAGCGAGCUCGGUUGUUAUUGUUGCUGGUGCGCUUGCUGCUGGCUAUGGGCUGGGGAAUCGAAUUGGAGGGACCCGGAAUACUGGUUUAGGUGGUGCUAUUGCGCUUGGUGCGGCUGGUGGCACUGCGGCUUACGCGUUGAAUUCUUGCAUUCCGGAGGUUGCGGCAGUGAACUUACAUACUUUUGUGGCGGGCCAUGAUGACCCCGGAGCCUUGAAGAAGGAAGACAUUGAAGGAAUCGCUAAAAAAUAUGGUGUUAGUAAACAAGAUGAGGCAUUCAAUGCAGAGCUUUGUUAUCUGUAUAGCCGGUUUGUAUCUUCUGUUCUUCCACCUGGAGGUGAAAACCUCAAAGGCAAUGAAGUAGAAACAAUUAUCAAAUUUAAAAGUGCCCUUGGCAUUGAUGACCCGGAUGCAGCUGCUGUGCAUAUGGAGAUUGGGAGAUAUAUUUUCAGGCAAAGGCUCGAAACUGGUGAUCGUGAUGCUGACAUAGAACAGCGAAGGGCAUUUCAGAAGUUAAUAUAUGUGUCAACACUUGUGUUUGGAGAAGCUUCAACGUUUCUUUUGCCUUGGAAGCGUGUAUUUAAGGUCACUGAUGCUCAGGUUGAGGUUGCUAUUCGGGACAAUGCCCAGAGAUUGUAUUUAUCCAAGCUAGAAUCAGUUGGCUCAGAUAUUGAUGAGAAACAACUCCGUAGUCUGAGAGAAGCACAGUUUCUAUAUCGUCUUUCUGAUGAGCUUGCUAUUGACAUGUUCAGAGAUCAUACAAGAAAAAUUGUGGAGGGAAACCUUUCAAGGGCACUUGAAAUCUUGAAGUCCAGGACUAGAGCAGUGAAGGGAGCAACACAAAUUGUGGAAGAGCUUGACAAGAUUCUGGAAUUUAAUAAUUUGCUCAUGUCCUUGAGUAACCAUUCUGAUGCCGGUUGCUUUGCCCCUGGCAUUGGACCUGUUUCUUUACUAGGUGGUGAGUAUGAUGGUGACAGAAAGAUAGAUGACUUGAAGCUCCUCUAUAGAGCAUAUGUGACAGAAUCAUUUUCGGGUGGCUGCAUGGAAGACAAAAAGUUGGUGUCUUUGAAUCAUUUGAGGAACAUAUUUGGUCUGGGAAAACGUGAGGCAGAAGCCAUCAUGGUGGAUGUUACCUCAAGGGUAUACCGAAGACAGCUUGCACAUGCUGUUUCUAGUGGUGAACUAGAAGCUGCAGAUAGCAAAGCAGCCUACCUACAAAAUCUAUGUGAUCAGUUGCACUUUCAUCCAGAGAAGGCCAGUGAGAUUCAUGAAGAAAUUUAUAGGCAAAAGCUUCAGCAAUCUGUAGCUAAUGGAGAACUAAGUGAGGAGGAUGUUGUUGCUUUGCUGCGGCUCCGAGUUAUGCUUUGCAUUCCUCAGUCAACUGUUGAAGCAGCCCAUGCACAUAUUUGUGGCGGCUUGUUUGAAAAGGCUGUGAAAGAUGCAAUUGCAUCAGGUGUUGUUGGAUAUGAUGCUGAUGUCAGAGCUUCUGUGAGGAAGGCUGCACAUGGCUUGCGCUUAACAAGGGAGGCUGCAAUGGAUAUUGCUAGCAUGGCAGUGCGCAAGAUGUUUAUGAACUACAUAAAGCGAUCACGAUCAGCUGGCAACCGUACUGAGGCUGCAAGAGAGCUAAAGAAGAUGAUAGCAUUUAACACAUUGGUCGUCACUGAGUUAGUUGCAGACAUCAAGGGGGAAUCCUCCAACACUACAAUGCAGGAGCCUGUUAAGGAGGAAGAAAAACAAACCGAGGAAGAUGAGUGGGAGUCCCUUCAAACACUUCGGAAAACAAGAUCUAGCAAGGAGCUUGUAGAAAAGCUAGAGAAGCCGGGUCAGAUAGAGAUAACUCUCAAGGAUGACCUUCCAGAAAGGGAUAGGACUGACCUUUACAGGACAUACUUGCUUUACUGCAUUACUGGGGAAGUCACUAAAAUUCCUUUUGGGGCUCAAAUCACCACAAAGAAGGACAACUCAGAAUAUUUGUUGCUAAACCAGCUUGGUGGGAUCCUAGGGUUGACUGGUAAAGAAAUUGUGGAAGUCCAUAGGAGCUUGGCUGAGCAGGCUUUCAGGCAACAAGCUGAGGUGAUUCUAGCAGAUGGGCAGCUGACCAAGGCUAGGAUUGAGCAGCUUAAUGAAGUGCAGAAACAGGUAGGUUUGCCAGCAGAGUAUGCACAGAAAGUUAUCAAAAGCAUAACGACAACAAAGAUGGCAGCUGCAAUUGAAACUGCUGUCAGUCAAGGAAGGCUCAGUAUAAAGCAGAUCCGAGAACUGAAAGAAGCAAGUGUAGAUUUGGAUAGCAUGAUCUCUGAAAGCUUAAGGGAGAAUCUUUUCAAGAAAACUGUAGAUGAGAUUUUCUCAUCAGGCACUGGAGAGUUUGACGAGGAGGAAGUCUAUGCGAAGAUCCCUUUGGACCUCAACAUAAAUGCUGACAAGGCAAAGGGAGUUGUUCAUGAGCUUGCCAGGACUAGGCUGUCCAACUCAUUGAUUCAGGCUGUGGCACUGCUAAGGCAGAGGAAUCGUGCAGGAGUGGUUUCCUCUCUAAAUGACAUGUUAGCAUGUGAUAAAGCUGUGCCUUCUGAGCCAUUAUCAUGGGAGGUGCCAGAGGAGCUUGCUGAUCUUUUUACCAUCUACCUGAACAGUGAACCAGCACCUGAGAAGCUCUCUCGUUUGCAGUAUCUUCUUGGAAUAAGUGACUCAACAGCUGCUGCUCUGAGAGAGGUGGAUGAGAGGGAUUUGCCAAUUAGGGACGAGGAGGAAGAGUUUAUAUUUUAGUCCUAGAUUUUGGAAAACGAGAUUGAUGCGUUUCAUUCAUGCUGUCAUACAUAAUUGAUGCGGGUAUUUUUCUUUCUGCCCUUGUGAUCAGCAAAGGUAGAUAUCUUGUAGCAACAGGUGAGGAGAGUUAAUAAUAGUCGGCCGCUGUUUAGGUUAUUAGUUCUUGCUUACGCUAAAUUCAUUUUGAAUAAGAGUAAAUUUUCUUUUUGCUUGAUUA